GGUGCUUCCUGUUUCCGGUUCCCAGAGCGCUGCACAGCGAGGCGUCGUGGGGAGCCCAGUGCUCGGACACGCGCUCUGGGACCGGGCUGUGCGCCUCGCCCUGUCGCCUGGCCCCUGACACCGCUUCCCGCGGGGCCCCCGAGCACUGGCCCCGGUCCUCGCCCGGGACAGGAUGUUCCCUAUCUACAACUUCUGGCGGAGCAGACUUCUGCUGCUGCUACUCUUGGCUGUAGCGGUGAGGGAAUCGUGGCAGGCAGAAGAAAAAACAUGUGACUUGGUAGGGGACAAGGGGAAAGAGUCCGAGAAUGAACUGGCUCUGGUGAAGAGACUGAAGCCACUGUUUAACAAAAGCUUUGAGAGCACUGUGGGCCAGGGCCCAGACACAUACAUCUACAAGUUCCGGGUGUGUCAAGAAGCCAGCAAUCGCACCUCUGGGGCCGGCCUGGUGCAGAUCAACAAAAGUACUGGGAAGGAGACUGUAGUAGGAAGAUUCAAUGAGACUCAUAUUUUCAAUGGAAGUAAUUGGAUCAUGCUGAUCUAUAAAGGGGGUGAUGAAUAUGACAACCACUGUGGCAGGGAGCAACGCCGUGCAGUGGUGAUGAUCUCCUGCAACAGACACACCCUAGCGGACAAUUUUAACCCUGUGUCUGAAGAGCGAGGUAAAGUCCAAGAUUGUUUCUACCUCUUUGAGAUGGACAGCAGCCUGGCCUGUGCCCCAGAGAUUUCCCACCUCAGUGUUGGCGCUAUCUUACUUGUCACGAUGGUUGUGACUUUGUGUGCCGUUCUAAACCCCGAAAUGUGCCUGCUGCUUACCGUGGUGUGGGGGAUGACCAGCUGGGGGAGGAGUCAGAAGAAAGGGAUGAUCACUUACUGCCAAUGUGAUUGUGAUUGCACUCUGAACGGCCCGCCUUUUCUAGCCCCCCCCCCCCCAAACCAAAGCAGACUCAGCCAGAUUUCUUAUGCAGCCUCUGCUCGUCUCAUCUCACCCUUAGUUUUGCUUUUGCUUUCAAUUUACAUCCCUUCCCUCUGUUCCCCAUUUUGCUUGUCCUCUAGAGAUAAACAUGAGAUGCAGCACAGAAGCAGGGCCUUUGAAGGCAGAGGCUGUCGUGCCACCGCUUAGAAUCUGAAGGUACAGGUACUACAGUAGCUAUAGUGAGCAAAAGGCUUUGGCAGGGUCCUUGGCCCUUUCUCUUUAAAAACUUUUUCACAGAUUUUUGACACUGGACUUCCUUAAUUAAAAAGAAAGCAAAGAAACAUACUUUAUACAAAGCUUGACUGCUUUCAUGCUGUUCCUCUGCCUUGCAGUAGAAUCCAUAGAAUCUGGAUAUAGUUUCUUACUGCUUGGAACUACUUUGCAGUGAGAACGUGGUUACAAUCCAAGUACUGCCCUUUGGUCUGAGUCUAUAGAGAUGCAGACCUGCUCUUCCCACUGCUGGAAUUAUGAUGGGAAAAUAUAAAACUUCCCAGUUGUAGGACUACAAAAUACCACCAAUCUUUUUACUGGCAUUAAGAGAUUUCACAGUUGGAAUUGGGCCCUGGAUUGUGUGGUCAUUAGUCCUUGUGUAGCCAAGAUGCCUAAUCUAGUUCAGGUCUAUGGGAAGGGAACCUGAAAUCUCUGUGGGAAAUCUGUUUACUUGGUAGUGAUAUCUCUCGGGGGCUUGCUUCUCCCACUUGCUUCUGUUACUCCUGAGACAUUUCUUCUACCAGUAUUUCUAAACAUGUUGCACUUUCUUCGCUAGUGUGUCUUUUUUACUUACCACCCCUAAUCUUCAGGAAAGGGAAGCAGAAAGUGGGGUGUCUUGUUGCUCCGCUGUCCCCUGAUCUGGUGCGGGAGGCAGCUGCACCUGCCCCUCCUUCUGGCUCAGGGAAGUAUCUUCUUGCCCACGUUUACAUGGCAAGAGGUUUUUAAUCUGAUGUUCCCACCUUUCCACUGAAAUCUGGCCUGAUCUUUCUGUAACAGUGAACCCCUGGGUCAUUGAAGAGGAAAUAACACAGCACCACUGGACUUGAAUGAUGGAAUCAAUAGGCAGGGGCCUUUUAUAUGCUUUUAGAAAAGAAAAUGAAAUUAUUUCAUUUUGGACUCUUUAAAUACUAUUUGAAUGAUUUUUUUUUUUCUAAGCAGGGAAAUAAUGUUAUAAAAAGCAUCUUUGUUAUUUGCAUCCCUUGCCCAUACUGGUGUUUUAAGAACACAAGGAAAAGAACCUACAUUUUUUUGUAUAAAAACACAUAAAAGAUUAAAAACAAA